CAGAGGACAAUAACAUCUGGAAGAAGAGACAGAAGAAUGAAAUAAAAUAAAGUAGCUCACCUGCCAGUAGGAGAAAUCUGUGGUUAAUAUUUUUGGAAAAGCCACAUCACAAAUCUCAAGUAUUUCUAUCUGUGUUCCCAGAGGAAAAGAGUCUGGAUAUGAUGUGAUGCAGAGGCCACUCCAGAUCAGUUACUAAGGAUAAAAGUGGCAAAUACAGUCCUACAACCAGGGGAAAAGGGAUCAGAGUGAAUGAGAUGUCUUCACACUGGAAAUGGUAAAAAUGCUAGCUGAGCAUUUGAAGACAGUAAUGAAUAUGCAGGCUUUGAAGGCAAUGCUAUGAAAGAAGAAUCUGUCAAAAAUAGAGACAAAAAUAAAGGCAUAAGGCUGCCUUAUUUUCUUUAGACAUUUUUAAAAACUGUUCAGAAGAUCAUUUCACAUAAAUUCCAGUCAUCCUGUUGUCUGUUCAAGCAGGGAGUUGUUUUUGAUUGCAGAUUUGCCUGGCUGUUUGCAGCUUCAUCUAAAACAAAGAGAGUUCUACAAGGCACCAAAGAAGGAUGAUCCUUGGGAACCUCAGUGGACUGAGUGAAUUCAGACUCCUGGGUUUUUCUAGAAUGUCUCAUUUGCACCCUUUGCUCUUUGUAGUUUUAUUAUCUCUUUAUGUUCUCACCUUGAUGGCUAACACAGUGAUAGCUUUCACAAUAAACACUGAUCACACCCUUCACACCCCAAUGUAUUUCUUCCUCACUCAGCUGUCCUGUUUGGAUAUCUGCUAUUUAUCAGUCGUUAUCCCAACCAUUCUGGAGAACCUGAUGGUGGGAACAGUAAGUAUUUCCAGGACAAGAUGUGCAAUGCAAAUGUUUUCCUUCCUUUUCUUCGGGGUGGCUGAAUGUUUUCUCUUGGCUGCCAUGUCCCUCGAUCGCUAUUUUGCAGUUUGCCACCCCUUGCAUUACACAAUUAUCAUGAGCAGCGGGGUCUGCAGGAGCCUGGUGGCUGGGAGUUACAUUUGUGGGGCUGCUGUGGGCUUAAUUCACACCCUCAUAACCUUCAGCUCACCCUUGUGUGGGUCUGCCAUCGACCACUUCUUCUGUGAGAUUCAGCCCGUGCUGGACCUGCUCUGCGGCAACACCUUCCCAAGAGAGCUCCAGGUCAUUGUGGUGGCUGUCUUUGCUAUUCUCAGCCCUUUCUUACUGAUAAUUUAUUCUUAUAUUCAUAUAAUUUCCACAAUUCUUCGCAUGGCAUCAGCUGAGAGCCAGCAGAAAGCGUUUUCCACUUGCUCCUCACACCUCCUGGUUGUGACUCUGUUUUAUGGCACUGCAGGCUCUGUGUAUCUGAGGCCAAAAUCCACCUACUGUGCAUCUGUGGAUAAAUUCCUCUCACUUUCUUAUUCUGUGCUGACUCCUUUAUUGAAUCCCAUAAUUUACAGCUUGAGGAAUAAGGAGGUGAAAGGAGCCCUGAAGAAAAAAUGGAGAAAAAUUAAUUUAGUGUGGAAAUGAAAUGGAAUAUUUGGGGUGUUUCAGGUGUUUGUUUCUGGUAUUUUUCACUCUAAAUUCUUGUUCAGUGAAAUGAAUUUCCAGGUACACAUCAGCUUUUGGAAGGAAAGAGGGAGAAGAGUGGAGAUUUUCAGCUGUAAGGGGGAGUGUUAGA